GAAAGAAAGACAGAAAGACAGAAAGACAGAACGGGAUAAGGGGGAAAACAGCGCCCAAGCCUCCAUCACCUAAGACAAGUGCCACAAUCCAAUCCGAUCACCACCCACUCACUGCCCGUCAUCCCAUCAUCUCCCCCACCUCCCCCCCCCUCAACCAUGAAGACCAUAAACUUCAUCACAGGCAACAAAAACAAACUAGCCGAAGUCCAGGCUAUAUUAGGUGAUGCCAUAGAAGUGCAGAACCGGGCUAUUGACGUGCCCGAGAUCCAAGGCUCGAUUGAAGAGAUUGCGAAAGAGAAAUGCCGCAGGGCGGCGGAGGUGAUACAAGGGCCUGCGUUGACAGAAGACACAGCUCUAGAGUUUAAUGCAUUAAAGGGGUUGCCAGGACCAUAUAUCAAAUGGUUUCUCGAAGCCCUAGGCCACGAAGGCCUUAACAAGUUGCUGGAUCCAUACGCAGACAAAUCCAUCGUGGCAGUGUGCACGUUUGCGUUCUGCAGUGGGCCAGGUGCGGAGCCGAUACUCUUUCAAGGGAAGACUGAGGGUCGAAUUGUUCCAGCUAGGGGCCCCGCGAAUUUCGGUUGGGAUCCCAUAUUCGAGUAUGAGGGGAAGACGUUUGCAGAGAUGGACAAGGACGAAAAGAACCUGAUCUCGCAUCGAUACAAGGCGCUUGCGAAAUUGAAACAAUGGCUCGUGGAGACAUAUCCUUGAUAUUUCCCCGAUCGUCCUCAAAAUAUUAUCGCCGGGAAAAAGGGGCCGUAGAGCCGCGUGGGCCGCGAGGAGGCUAAAGGAGGGAUCCCAUUCAACCCGAACUCUCCGUAUGGGUCGCUUUCCAAGAUUCUAUCCAAGCCUCGAUGCGUUCGCAAUUCUUUUCAAUAUCCCCGUCAUUCUCGCUCGUCAACUCAACGACGAUUUCCUCAUCGUAUGACUCCUGCGCUUCUUGGAGGAGGACAUCGAAUAUUUCCACGUCAAGGUUUUCCUGCAGUUUGCGCUCCGAGUAGCCUCUGUGAAUAACCAUAAAUAGAUAAAUUUAAAUCGCUGAUUAGCCUUUCUAUACCUUCCUAACAUUUUUCCAUAUCCUUGUGGGGAAACCGAGAGGGGUAAAAAAACACAAAAAUAAGAAAAAAUAAGCUAACCUAGCCGCCAACCGGUCAUAGAGUAUAGCAGUAGAAGUGCACCG